CUCAGCCCCAACUUCCGAGUGAAUACUGGGUCCCGCGCACUUCGACCGCAACGACCACCGGUUCUGCUUUACAAGACAAGGAACGAGAUAGAGUUAACUGGUCAUAACGGUAACACCAACGAAGCUAACACCAUUAGUGUGGAGCAAACUUCGGCAGUUUUUGCACCCCAUAUUUGAAGUGAUGGACUUGGCUUUUGCGUCUUCAUUGUGCCCGUCGAAUGGAAGGAGAGCCGUUUCUGAGGUGAAGCCUUUUAGCUCUACCCUUCGUAGAAAACUGUCCUAUCAGAAAAUAUCUCCAUGUCUCGCAACUGUUGCUGCCCAAACCAGUCAGGCAUAUGACUUUGUGUUGGAGAACAGAAAGCAUGAUCUAUUGGGAGCUAUUCAAGACACGCAACGGGGCCUCGCUACCACUGCUGACCAACGCUCUUCCAUCGAGGAGGCCCUGGUGAGUGUGGAGGGCUAUAACAUGGGUUCUCCUAUUGACAUGGUGAAAUUGGAUGGCACAUGGCGCCUGCAAUAUACUUCUGCCCCUGAUGUUCUUGUUCUUUUUGAAGCUGCUGCUAGACUUCCUUUCUUUCAGGUUGGGCAAAUUUUUCAAAAAUUUGAAUGUCGGGAUCAAUCAAAUGGAGGCAUUGUACGGAAUGUUGUUCGAUGGAGUAUUCCAACUUUGUUAGAGGAACAAGAAGGUGCCACUCUACUUGUAUCAGCAAAAUUUACCAGAGUUUCUUUGCGCAAUAUAUACCUUCAGUUUGAAGAGAUAACUGUUCAAAAUAUAAAUAUCAGUGAAGAGCUGCAAGCUUUAAUAGCUCCGGCAAUACUACCACGGUCAUUUUUAAGCCUACAAAUCUUGCAGUUUAUCCGUGCUUUCAGAGCUCAAAUCCCUGUAAGAGAUCCGGGAAGACAAUCAGUAGGAGGACUGUAUUAUCUUUCUUAUUUGGAUGAUAAAAUUCUUUUGGGUCGUGCCGUUGGCGGUGGAGGAGUAUUCGUGUUUACCAAAGCUCAACCUCUUGAAUGAUGAGGGCUGAGUUCAACUUAUGUUUACUGAUGGCAUUAGCAUUUGUACACCAGAAAAGCUUGAGUUUGGAUAUGGAGAUAUGAGGACUACAACAUUGAGGCGAUCUUCCUUGGAUUUUAUGUAACAAAUACUAAAGAAUCAUUAGAAAGUAAAUCUCAUAUAUACGGAGGGAUGGAUAUUAACGAAAAACAGCAUUGAUGGGAUAUCAUCCAUGGCUGCAGUACUGGGAAUGUUUAUUUGAGAAUGCUCAAAUGCAGCGCUGUUAUUGGCAGAGGUAAAGGACUUUGGUACUAGCAAAACUAUGUAUACCAUUAGAUGUGGAGCAUUUGCAGCUAUAUCUUUCACAACAUGAUUAAGAUCUGGAGAUUUUCCCCAAAACAUCUAAA